AUGAAUCCGAUUCAUCCUUUUUGUCUAAACUCUUUAAAUAUCCCUUGGUGUAUAUUUGGUGAUUUUAAUUCCAUUCUUGGUGCUCAUGAGCAUAGAAGUUUCUCUAGCCCUAGUAAUGCUUCCAUUUUGGAUUUUCGGGCUUGGGUUAAUGAUUCUAGCUUGAUUGAAUUCCCUGCUAAAAGUUCCACUCUCACUUGGCAUAAUGGUAGAAGUGGCAGUGCCUCGAUUGAAAGAAGGCUUGACAGAGCUUUUGGAAAUUAA